GGGCAUCCAGCCCGGCCCCGGCCUGGCACACGCAGCCAGCGGCGGAGGCGGCCGGACCCGCGGGGCGGCGAGCGGCGCAGGAUGCUGGAAGGGCUCCUGGUCUGGACCUGGCUCCUCCUCCCAGGGUGCCGGGCGCUGACGGGCCCCACGGAGGCCAGCGGGCCCCUGGGGGGCACCGUGUCGGUGCCCUGCACCUACCAGCCGGAGCUGGCGGAGGCCGAGAAAUACUGGUGCCGGGGCAGCAGCUGGCUCUCCUGCUCCGUCCUCGUUCAGACGGCGGCCCCCCAGGCUGAGGCAAGGGGGGACCGGGUCUCGCUGCGCGACGACCGCGCUCUGCACGUGUUCGUGGUGACCAUGGAGAACCUGAUGGAGGGCGACGGGGACACGUACUGGUGCGGGAUCCAGCGGCCGUGGUACGACUCCAUGCACGCCGUGCUGGUGUCCGUCCUCCCAGUUCCCACCGCAGCGCCCAGCACGACAGACUACGUCCCCUCCCCGACGCUGGCGAGCACCGUCUCCGCGCUCAACAGCAGCAGCCCACAGGCUGGGGCAGCGCUGGAGCAGGACCGAGCCCCGCGCGGCGCCCCAGACCUGGUGGUCCUGGUGCUGGUGCCGUCCGUCACGCUGGCGCUGCUCCUGAGCAUCGUCGUGGGCCUCAGGCUGAGAAGGGCAUCGCCAGGAAAGACCAGCGGGCCCCGCGGGCCGGGCCGAGCGCCCGCUCCCCAGAACCUCUACGCCAACACCGAGCGGGAGCUCGGCUCGCCCGAGGAGGACUACGAGAACAGCCCGGCUGUGCUCCAGGGCUCAGAAAAGAGACGUGAAGUUUCCUUUUCCAACGCGAGCAGCUCUGCUGCAGAUCCCCAGCCGAUCUACAUGAACGUGCGGCCGCCCGGGCCCUGCUCAGGCCCCCGCCGCCACAAAGCGCAGCGAAAAGGCGCCUGGUGAGCUCCUCUGCUCCCCGGGGCUUAUCUUCCUCCUGCUUUACGAAGCUUUCUGCUUGGUCUCUCCUCGCGCUCCCUCCGGCGGCUGGCAGCGUGGGGACCUCCGUCCCCUUGGAGGUGACGUCUGCGCUCCUGGGGCCAGCUUGGCGCGAGGAGCCUGCGCCUGGCGGAGCUCCUCGGCCCGUGCUGCCCGCCCGGGGCUUCGGCGGGACCCGGGGCACCUUACGGAGACGGGUUUGGGGGCAGACUCGUGGAGCCCCGUUUAAUAAAGCAGCCUGCAAGAGCACGCGGGAAGUCGCGUCCCGGGGGCGUUUCGCUGCCGUCGCCUGCACGUCU